GGAGAGAAUCGAAGAACUUCUCUUUCUCGUAUAAUCCCCAAAAACAUUCAAAGACGAUUCCAUUUUUUUUCUUCUCGUUCUUAACAUUGGAUGUUGCAUCAGAUCUGAAGAGAAUUGACAGGCAGAGAGGAAAAAAGAAGAAAAGAAAGAAAGAAAGAUGUUGACAAAGUUUGAGACGAAGAGUAAUAGAGUGAAAGGGCUGAGUUUCCACUCCAAGAGGCCGUGGAUCUUAGCUAGUCUCCACAGUGGUGUUAUCCAGUUAUGGGACUAUCGAAUGGGCACUAUGAUUGAUCGGUUCGACGAACAUGAUGGCCCUGUUCGCGGCGUCCAUUUCCAUAUGUCUCAGCCUUUGUUUGUAUCUGGAGGGGAUGACUACAAGAUUAAAGUCUGGAACUACAAGUUGCAUAGAUGUCUUUUCACACUUCUUGGACAUCUUGAUUAUAUUCGUACUGUGCAAUUUCAUCAUGAGCAUCCAUGGAUUGUAAGUGCCAGUGAUGAUCAGACUAUUCGCAUUUGGAACUGGCAGUCACGAAAUUGCAUCUCAGUUUUGACUGGUCAUAAUCAUUAUGUUAUGUGUGCGUCAUUCCAUCCUAAAGAAGACCUUGUUGUGUCGGCCUCCCUUGAUCAGACUGUUCGAGUUUGGGAUAUUGGUUCCUUGAAAAAAAAGACUGCCUCCCCGGUUGAUGACAUUUUACGGCUGAGUCAGAUGAACUCAGAUCUUUUUGGUGGGGUUGAUGCAAUAGUUAAGUACGUAUUGGAAGGUCAUGACCGAGGAGUAAAUUGGGCUGCAUUUCAUCCCACCCUACCUUUGAUAGUAUCUGGAGCAGAUGAUCGCCAAGUCAAAUUGUGGCGUACGAAUGAUACAAAGGCUUGGGAAGUGGAUACCUUGAGAGGACACAUGAAUAAUGUUUCAUGUGUUAUGUUCCAUUCCAAACAAGACAUUAUUAUAUCUAAUUCUGAGGAUAAAAGCAUUCGUGUGUGGGAUGGAACAAAGCGAACUGGACUUCAAACUUUCCGUCGAGAACAUGACAGAUUUUGGAUACUUGCUAUUCAUCCUGAUUUGAAUGUUUUAGCAGCUGGACAUGACAGUGGCAUGAUUGUAUUUAAGCUAGAGAGAGAGCGUCCUGCUUUUGCAGUGAGUGGUGAUUCGCUGUUUUAUGCCAAGGAUCGUUUUCUUAAGUAUUAUGACUUUUCAAGUCAGAGAGAAUCACAAGCAGUUACAAUUCGACGGCCUGGUUCCACAACACUGAAUCAAAGUCCAAGAACUCUUUCUUACAGUCCUACCGAAAAUGCUGUUCUUAUAUGCUCGGAUGUGGAUGGAGGAUCUUAUGAGUUGUUUGUGAUACCAAAAGACAACAUUGGUAGGGGUGACAGUUCGCAGGAGGCAAAGAAAGGUCUGGGUAGUUCUGCUAUAUUUGUGGCCCGAAACCGGUUUGCUGUCCUUGACAAAGGAAACAACCAAGUUUUAAUCAAGAAUCUUAAAAAUGAAGUGGUUAAAAAGAGCGGCCUACCAGUGCCUACGGAUGCGAUAUUUUAUGCUGGAACAGGUAAUUUGUUGUGUAGGUCAGAGGAUAGAUUAGUAAUAUUUGAUCUACAGCAGAGUAUUGUUCUUGGUGAUCUUCAAACCCCUUUUGUGAGGUAUGUUGUUUGGUCUAAUGACAUGCAGAGUGUUGCUUUGCUCAGCAAGCAUACCAUUGUCAUUGCUAACAAGAAGCUUGUGCACCAGUGCACUCUCAAUGAGACAAUACGUGUUAAGAGUGGAGCCUGGGAUGACAAUGGCGUUUUCAUAUACACCACCCUAAACCAUAUAAAGUACUGCCUUCCCAACGGGGAUAGUGGAAUAAUUCGAACACUUGACGUUCCAAUUUACAUAACCAAGGUUUCUGGAAAUACAAUCUUUUGCCUGGAUCGUGAUGGGAAGAAUAAGACUAUAGUCAUUGAUGCUACAGAAUACAUUUUCAAGCUCUCUCUGCUUCGAAAGAGAUAUGAUCAUGUUAUGAGUAUGAUAAGAAACUCCCAGCUUUGUGGUGAGGCCAUGAUUGCUUAUCUGCAACAGAAGGGGUUCAGUGAAGUAGCGCUUCAUUUUGUCAAAGAUGAGAAAACACGCUUUAAGUUGGCUAUAGAGAGUGGGAACAUUCAAAUUGCUGUUGCAUCGGCUAAGGAGAUCGAUGACAAAGAUCAUUGGUAUAGGUUGGGUUUGGAGGCCCUUCGCCAAGGCAAUGCUGGUAUAGUUGAAUAUGCCUACCAGAGGACAAAGAACUUUGAGAGGUUGUCUUUUCUUUAUCUCAUAAAUGGUAACCUGGAAAAGUUGUCCAAGAUGCUGAAAAUUGCCGAAGUUAAGAAUAAUGUUAUGGGUCAGUUUCACAAUGCUCUGUAUCUUGGUGAUAUCCGAGAACGUGUUAAGAUCUUGGAGAAUGCUGGUCACUUGCCUCUUGCUUAUGUUACAGCAUCAGUACAUGGGCUACAGGAUGUUGCAGAAAGGCUGGCAUCCGAGUUGGGAGAUGAUGUCCCUCCUUUGCCAGAGGGGAAAGAACCUUCCUUGUUGAUGCCUCCGGCCCCGGUUAUGUGUGGUGGUGACUGGCCCCUUCUGAGAGUCAUGAAAGGAAUAUUUGAUGGUGGAUUAGAUAAUAUUGGCAGGGGUGCUGUGGAUGAAGAGGAAGAGGAUGCAGGAGGUGAUUGGGGUGAAAAUCUUGAUGUGGUUGACGUUGAUGGCUUACAGAAUGGGGAUGUUACUGAAAUUUCGGAAUAUGGGGAAGUGACUGAAGAAAAUGAAGAGGAAGAGGGUGGAUGGGACCUUGAAGAUUUGGAACUUCCUCCUGAGGUAGACACCCCAAAGGUUUCUGGCAGUGCUCGAUCUAUUUUUGUGGCACCAACUCCUGGUAUGCCUGUAAGUCAGAUUUGGAUUCAGAAAUCAUCUCUUGCUGCUGAACAUGCAGCAGUUGGUAAUUUUGAUACAGCAAUGCAUUUGCUGAGCAGGCAACUUGGCAUAAGAAACUUUGCUCCUUUGAAAUCCAUGUUUCUUGAUCUUCACGCAGGCAGCCAUAGCCAUAUUCGUGCAUUUUCAUCUGCACCAGUGGUAUCCUUGGCGAUUGAGAGGGGAUGGAAUGAGUCUGCUAGUCCUAAUGUGAGGUGUCCACCUGCCCUUGUGUUCAAUUUUUCUCAGUUGGAUGAGAAGCUGAAGGCUGGUUACAAGGCCACUACUGCUGGGAAAUUUACUGAGGCUCUUCGGCUCUUCCUCAGCAUUCUUCACACAAUUCCACUGAUUGUUGUGGAGUCAAGGAGGGAAGUUGAUGAAGUCAAGGAGUUAAUUAUUAUUGCUAAGGAGUAUGUUCUCGGUCUGCAAAUAGAGAUUAAACGAAGAGAAAUGAAAGAUAAUCCAGUGCGACAACAGGAGCUUGCUGCAUACUUCACCCACUGCAACCUUCAAAUGCCUCACCUAAGACUUGCUCUGCAAAACGCAAUGGUUGUCUGCUCCAAGGCAAAGAACUGGGCUACAGCUGGUAACUUUGCCAGGCGACUACUAGAAACAAGCCCCACGAAUGAGAAUCAAGCAAAGGCUGCAAGGCAAGUGCUUCAAGCUGCUGAGAGGAAUAUGACAGAUGCCGCCCAGCUGAACUACGAUUUCAGAAACCCAUUUGUGACAUGUGGGGCAACUUAUGUGCCGAUUUACAGAGGACAGAAGGAUGUAUCUUGCCCGUAUUGCACUGCUCGCUUUGUGCCUAGCCAGGAAGGGCAAUUGUGCACGGUGUGUGAUCUUGCAGUGGUCGGGGCAGAUGCUUCAGGAUUGCUAUGUUCUCCUUCGCAGAUACGAUGAUGAUGAAGCUGCAGAAAACUGGUACUCCUUUUGAACUUUCUCUUGCUCAUCAUUUUAUCUUUAAAAUCAACCCCAUCGACCAAUAGAUAAUUAAAUAUAUUCAUUUUAAAGGUCAGAUUACUGAAGAAAAAGUUGGGAACCAAGUUAUUUUGUCUGUGCUAUAUUUCCAAUCCUUUGCCCUUUUGUUUUAUAUGUAUUCCUCUGAAUAGAGUUCAGUAUGAUAUUUUCAAAUGUAAGAAUGAAUUUGGAAUCUGUAGCUUUGAGGCUAUUCUUUUUUUUUUGUUGUUUCAUAGACGGAGAAUAA